AUGGAAAGUUUAUACCAUGAAACAAAUAGUCUUUUGCAACAAAUACACUUUGAUUUGGGUACAUUGGAAGGUGUGCGAAAUGAAAGUGAUGCUCAAAAAAUUAUCCAAAAUAUUUACCAGCGGUUAAAGCAGAUUGAUGGGAAUUGUCAACGCCUAGAUGUAUAUGUUAGCAAGGAACCGCCGCAUCGUCGGCGUACUGUCAAAUAUAAAAUAGAUCAGUUGAAAUUCGAUUGUCAUUCAUUACACUCAACUGUUGACAAUAUUCAUAUACGUAUGACCAAUAAAUGGAGGGCCAUUGCUGAAAGAGAAGAACUUCUGACUCAAAGGUUUCGUCCAAAUGAUACCACGCAUGUUUCAAUUGAAAAUUGCGAAUUAUUUCUCCAUGAUCGUUUGCAUUCCUCGCACACUGCUGUUGAUGAACUUAUUAGCCAUGGAAGCGCUGUUUUGGAGCAGAUUCGUUCACAAGGGAUAGGAUUAAGGGGAAUCAAACGCAAAGUUCUAGAUUUAGGACAAACGCUUGGCUUAUCAUCGACAACUUUACAAAUGAUUGAAAGGCGACUAAGUGAAGAUUGGAUUAUUUUUUGUGCAGGUUGUAUGGUCUUCAUUGUUUUCAUGUAUAUUUUUUACCGAUUUUGGAAAAAUUAA